AGCUAAGUCCUUUCUCAUUUAUUUAUAUUUAGGUUUUGGCAUUAAUAAUGCACAAGUGAGUCCUCGAUGCUUGUGCUUCUCUUUCUUCUACCUCUAUAUCUGUGUCAUCCUUUCUUCACUUUCUCUCCCAUGGUUUCUCUCUCUUUCUGUCUCUCUGAAGUCUGAAGGUUUUUUUCCACUAUUUCCAAAGACAACACAAAUCUUUCUUGAUUCUUGACGCUCCUCCACGACACACCAUGAACAUCAGCAUGGGCAACAACAACAACAACGUGGAUUCUUCCACUCAAAACUGGCUUGCUUUCUCUCUCUCUAACCCCCACUUCAACUUGCCCUCUCCAUCCUCUGAUUCUUCCCACCUGUGCCUCUUUGAAGCUUUCACCAACUCCACCACAUCCACCUCCAACUUAGAUAAUGUUGUGGAAAGAGGACAGAGAGAUGGGGGGACUACUGGUGCAACGGACCUGUCCAUUUUCACUGGUGGUCCAAAGCUGGAGGACUUCCUUGGCAGUUCCACUGGAGUGGCGGUGCAACCCCCACAACUGGGUGGUCAGUUUCCUACUGAAACUAGUUCUGCCGCCGUCACGGUCUCCGAUCCAACUGAUCUAUACGAGUCCGAGCUGAAAGGCCUAGCAGCUAGCUUCCUCCGUGGGUAUUCCACAGGGCAAACAAAUGCACAGAAACAACAACAGCUAGUCCCUGCUGAGCCUACGCCUAAGAGAACUGUUGAUACGUUCGGACAACGUACCUCUAUCUACAGAGGGGUCACAAGACAUAGAUGGACAGGUAGGUAUGAAGCUCACUUGUGGGACAAUAGUUGCAGAAGAGAAGGACAAAGUCGAAAAGGAAGACAAGGUAAUUUAAAAUUUUAUUAUUAUUAUUUUUGCAUUUUGUCUGUUUUCGGAUCUUUGGGAUUGUUUCUAAUGUGCGCCUGGGGGGUCUAUGGGUCCAUGCGAUCUGAGUCUGGGGACAAGGUGACUUAACAUGGGAAAGGUGCUUGAGUAUGUGAGCAGAAUAAAUGGGAGUAAAGGAAUGUUGAAGGGUGCAAAUCCCUAGAAAAUGCCGCUUUGUAGGGCUGAGAUGUCCUAGGAUUUUGAAUGCUCAGUGCGCGCAUUAGAUUUUUGCCAACAGUUUUUGCUAUAUUGCACAUUUAUUGAAUAUUCUAAUCGCUAAUUAUGC